AUGUUCCCUUGCCCCGACAACACUUUGACGGCAACGGCCGAUGUCGGCGGCAGCAGCGAAGCCGACUGCAUUUGCAGCGCGGGUUUUUUCAGAGAGCAAGUCGCAGGGUGCAUCCCUUGCCGUGGUGGUUACUACAAGCCUAAUGAUGGAGACCAGGACUGCCGCAACAGCUGCCCAACCAACGGGGACAGCAAGGAAGGAGCCGUGGAUGUCGGAGACUGCUUCUGCAUCGAUGGUUACCAUGCAAUCAUGGGCUUGCGCAACGGCACCCAGGAGGAGCUGGAGAGUUGUGCGCGAUGCAACUAUAAGGGACUGACCUGCCAGGGGGGCUUGGACAGCACUGGUGCACAUCGACAGCCUGUUGCGGAGGUCGGGUUCUUCCAGACGGGCGAAACUCUGGCAGCGAAAUGCCAGGUUUUCUUCCUGGGAGGUGAAUCUGUCUGCCUUGGAGGAAACGAAUGCGCGGAAGGCUCCACCGGCUUCCUUUGUGGUUCUUGCCCGCCCGGUUUCUCACGAAACCAGUACCCAGAUGCCUGCUCGGAAUGCCGUUCAUCAUUCAGCUGGAUGGGAUUGGUUGUCUUCACGGACAUCGCUCAAAACAUCCUCAUUAACUUCGCCGUGGCCUCCUUGGCCGCCAUGGCAGCG